AGACAAGAGGCAAACUGGCAAACAUCUCAUCAAAAUAAUUAAGUAAAACCAGAAGUCAUUUUCAUUUUAAACUUCUUUAACAGAAAUACUAAUAUGCUACAGUACUGUUGUACUAUAAUGAUUAAUAAAAUGUAAACAAAAAAUCGCAUAAAGUUUGUGAAAUUAAUUAUUCCUGUUGUGUGUUGUGAGUGUGAGGUUAGGUUACAGUUUUUGUGUAGACGGAGACCAUGGUUUGACAAGACAUUACAUCAAAUUUGAACUGAAAAGGAAAUUUAGUUGAAUGUUCUAGAUAAGUUUUCUGUCAAUGCUUGUAAACUAUUUUAAAUGGAUGAAAAAUUGGCAAGAUACAGAUCCAAGAAGAGGAGAGAAGAAUUUAUCCAAUUGUCAAAAGAAAAAAUAUUCUCAUUUCUUAAAGUUGGGACUCAAAAACAUGAUAUGGUAGGAGAUGAAGUUGAACUCACUAUCAAAGAUCAGGAAGAAGAAGUUGAGUCCAAGGAUGACAACGCAAGUAUAUCCUCUCUUGAAUCCGCUGACGAAUCUGAAUGCUGUGAUGAGUUUACUUAUUCUAAAUUUUCACUAUACGCUUCACUCUGGCUGAUCUUGUUUUCUUUUGCUAUAUAUUUAGAGUUUGGUGCAAUUUAUUUCAUAGUUUCUGGUUUCUACAUUAUUUGGGCAAAUACUAGAACAGGACCAAAAAGGAGAGGUGAAGUCAGUGCAUACUCAGUGUUCAACCCUGACUGUGAAGCAAUUGAUGGAACAUUGAAACCAGAACAGUUUGAGAGAGAAAUUCGAUAUGGCUUUUUGUAGCUAUUAAAUGGCCUAUAUGACACAUUUUUGAACAUGUUAUGUAUUUUAUGGUAAAUUAUAUAUUUUUGUUAAGGA